UGCUGGGAGGCGCGGGCCGCGGCUGCGGGCUGGGGGCUAGGCGCUCCCGGGCGUCAGUCGGGCCGCGGCGACGGCGGCAGGAGCGCGUCCCGGCGCCGCCUCGGGCUCCGCUCGGCUCGGGGGCUGCUCCGGGAGGAGGAGAGCCAGGGGAGGCGCCAGGCCUGCGGGCCGGGCGCAUGGCUUAGGGACGCUCCCGGCCGCCGCAGCCCCAGCAUGGGGAAACUUCACUCCAAGCCGGCCGCCGUGUGCAAGCGCAGGGAGAGCCCGGAAGGUGACAGCUUCGCCGUGAGCGCUGCCUGGGCUCGGAAGGGCAUCGAGGAGUGGAUCGGGAGGCAGCGCUGCCCGGGCGGUGUCUCGGGACCCCGACAGCUGCGGUUGGCGGGCACCAUAGGCCGAAGCACCCGGGAGCUCGUGGGCGACGUAUUGAGAGACACGCUCAGCGAGGAAGAGGAGGACGACUUUCGGCUGGAAGUGGCCCUGCCUCCUGAGAAGACUGACGGGCUGGGCAGCGGAGAUGAGAAGAAGAUGGAGAGAGUGAGCGAACCCUGCCCAGGCUCCAAGAAGCAGCUGAAGUUUGAAGAGCUCCAGUGCGACGUGUCCGUGGAGGAGGACAGCCGGCAGGAGUGGACCUUCACCCUGUAUGACUUUGACAACAACGGCAAGGUCACCCGAGAGGACAUCACCAGCUUGCUGCACACCAUCUAUGAGGUGGUGGACUCCUCUGUCAACCACUCCCCGACAUCCAGCAAGAUGCUGCGGGUAAAGCUCACCGUGGCCCCCGAUGGCAGCCAGAGCAAGAGGAGCGUCCUUGUCAAUCAGGCUGACCUGCAAAGCACAAGGCCCCGAGCAGAGACCAAACCCACUGAGGAGCUGCGGAGCUGGGAGAAGAAGCAGCGAGCCCCGCUCAGGUUCCAGGGUGACAGCCGCCUGGAGCAGUCUGGCUGCUACCACCAUUGCGUAGAUGAGAACAUCGAGAGGAGAAACCACUACUUAGAUCUCGCCGGGAUAGAAAACUACACGUCCCAGUUUGGGCCUGGCUCCCUUUCCGUGGCCCAGAAGUCAGAACUGCCCCCCCGCACCUCCAAUCCCACUCGAUCACGCUCCCAUGAGCCGGAAGCCAUCCACGUCCCACACCGAAAGCCCCAAGGCGUGGACCCGGGCUCCUUCCACUUCCUUGACACCCCAAUCGCCAAGGUCUCGGAGCUCCAGCAACGGCUCCGGGGCACCCAGGAUGGGAGCAAGCACUUUGUGAGGUCCCCCAAGGCCCAGGGCAAGAGUGUGGGUGUGGGCCACAUGGCCAGAGGGGCAAGAAACAAGCCACCUCUGGGACCCACCAUCCCUGCGGUGUCCCCCUCCGCCCACCUGGCUGCCAGCCCGGCCCUCCUCCCCUCCCUAGCCCCCCUCGGGCACAAGAAGCACAAGCACCGAGCCAAGGAGAGCCAGCAGGGCUGCCGGGGCCUGCAGGCACCACUGGCCUCAGGCGGCCCCGUCCUGGGGCGGGAGCACCUGCGGGAGCUGCCCGCCGUGGUGGUGUACGAGAGCCAGGCCGGGCAGCCGGUCCAGAGACAUGAGCACCACCACCACCAUGAACAUCACCACCAUUACCACCACUUCUACCAGACAUAGAGCCCCUCCCCAGGGACCCACCCUGCCAUAUGAAGGACCCCACCCCCGACACCCCAAGGCAUUAUUAUUCUAUUAAUUAUUGUUAUUAUGACGAUUAUUGUUAUUAAUAAUUAUUGUUACUCCACUAAUAUUUAGCUAGCCUUCAUGUAGAAUAUCUAUGGAAACACAGAACUAAACUUUUAUUUAUAUGUUGUGGGGACUGCAUAACUAGCCCAGGAAAUUACUCUGGUUCGGCGUGGCCUGUAAUGGGCAGAGGCUCCCUCAGGGCUUGGGAUCUGCAGCAUCUGCGUGGAUCAGCCCACACCCUUCCCAGAGCCAGGGAGCCCUCAGCCCCAACUCUGCCCCACCCCAGCCUCUUCCAGGAGAGCAUCCUUACCUGGCCCAGCUUCCAGAGACCCUUGAAAUCUCCGAGAAGAUAAACAGCUGCUACCUCUUAGUAUUAUUCUGAUUUUAUUUUGCCCUUAACUGAUUGUAAUGUGCUACAAGGGAUUUCAGUGGACUGCAGAGUGCGAACGUCUUGCUGUUGUGUUUUUAUGUCCCAACCUAGAAACCUUAGCUGUCUUUUCUGGAGUUGUCUUUCAUGCUUUUCCAGUGGGAUCAAGCCCUUUUCCCCAAAGCAGUCCCAUCUCUUCUGCCAUGCACAACAUGAAAAUCCACUUCUCUUCCUUCUCCUUCUUCUCCUCUCUACUUUACAGUGAUACACACAGGUAUUUAAGGACUAUCCCUGAGACCAUCCUUCUCAUUUUGGAAACUGCUAGGGAGGGAACAAACCACUUAAACAAGCGUGGUUUUCCAAGAUCCAGGCAAUUGUGUGCUGUUGGUUGUGGUGGAGGAUGUGGCAGAUAUAUAUGUACCUACACGGUUCUCUAACAGAACUUUCUGUAUCUAUAGAUAGACGCCAUCUGUCCAUUUCUAUGUAUCUUUCUAUAAAUAUACACUCUCAGGUAUCUUUUCUGGUGUGUAUAAAUCAGUGGUUUGCUUCUCUGGACGCUUCUGGAACCCAGAUGUGACUCUGCUUGUCUCCUUUUGGGGCUGGACAGCUCUCAGAUGCUUUCAUCAGAGGUCCAUUCUCGGGUUUUGGGGUCUGAUGGAUUUUGGAGAGAACUGCUGGGGUACAGAAGCUUGGAGGGAAAAGGGGACUGUGGCCAGAGUUGGGACCCUGGAGCAGCAUCCUCUGCAGAGAAGGAUUUUGUCUGGCCAGAGCCUGGAGAAACCUGAAAAAGAACCAGUCAGCUAGCCAGGGUCUCAGAGAAAAGCAGAUUACACACUCAAAUUGGGUAAUUUGAGCAGAGCUUAAUAAAGGCAGUAUUUACACAGUGUGGGCUAAACCUCCCAUGAGAGUGCAGAACCCUGGGAAUAGCAGUGUGGGGCGCUAUUUCCACCCCUGGGCCUGAGUGGGGAAGGAGUUAUCUUUAGCAGACAGAGGAUUGCUGGAGGAGUGAGAGGGGCACCUGAAGGAGCUGUGACCUUUGCUUAAAGGAUGCAGCCAGUCAUGGGGACCCUCCAGGGAAAUUAAUAUCCUGACCUGCUUUCCUGCCCCCACCCCCCUCAAUCCAUUGGCUGAGGCCCUGGAAGCCACCGGGCCAAGGGAGCUUGUUGAUGUGGGUCACACGGGCAUGUUCCCAGGUCAGAGAGGAGAGUGGAGAGUGAAUCUAGAGGGACACAAGAGGGAGAAGCGACUCCAGCUACUUUCCUUUCUGCCGUUUUGUCUCCCAGCUGGCAUCCUCUUUUCCAGAGCCUCCAGUUUGGGUUUAAUGUAGUUAGUAAGGAGUUACUUCCAAAGGUAGUGGGCUUAGUUGUAACCGUAUUCUUAAUUUUAUUAAUGACUGAUGUGCCUGGGAUUGGAUUAAUACAUUAAUCCUUAGGACAGCCCCAUGAGGCAGCUUGGUGGCAGCUCAGGAAGCAUGUCUAAGGCUCAGAAGUUCAUAACUCCCUUGAGGCCGCACAGAGGGCAGAGCUGGAAUUCUGGUCUCCCACUUGAUCCCUUCGCCACUGGUGCAGAGCUUAAUCACGGCCAUGGGCGCUGCCCUUGUUUUGGGUUGUGGGUUUCUGUUCAGUGAGAACUCAACUCAAUCCAAAGUGAAUGAAACCAAGUUGGAAGGCAGGGAGGGUACUGGCUUUGAGAUGACAGGGUCCAGGAUGUGAAUGCAGCUGAGACGGGUUCUUGUCCCUCCUUCUUGUCCCUCGGAUUGAUACUUGUACUCAACUACAUGCUUUUGUCAGGGAGCCCUGGCUGCUAGCCUUCUGGGUCUCCUAACCCUAAGGAAAAGGACCUUCCGUUAGUGUAAAGCUCAAGACAGGAUUCUGAUUGGCUGGGCUUCGAUCUGGUACCCAUAUCUGGACCAAUCAUGACAUCCCAGAUGGGGUCACAUGGCCAACCUGCCCCAAGGGGGUGGGGUCUGUACCGGAAGACAGGAGGGGAGGGGUGCAGAUCGGACAGGAAGUAAUGGCACCCCAGGCCACGAAUUGCUGCAACCCUGGAGGCCAGCCGGGAGUUGAGACUACUGGUUUUAGAGCAGUUCCUCUGCCUCCCUAAGCUCCACACCUGUCAGGAUUCUGUUACUUCUUGGUAACUGGGACUUGCCCAACUUUAAAAACAUUAUUUAAAAAAAUAGUAAUGUGCACAUGUAAAAGAUUCAAAUAGUACAUAUAUAAGGUGUACAGUAAAAAGUAAACUUCCCUCCAUCCCAGGCCUGCCAGCAUCCCUGAUGCCAACUUUCUGGGUGUGGCCUAGGGCCCCUCAGUGUAAUGUAGGGGUUGUGAGCACAGACUUUGGCGCCAGCUUGCUAGGUUCGAAUCCUGACUCCCUCUUUGUAGCUCUGUGCUUCAACUGAAAUACUGUGCCUCAGUUUCUCCUUUAUAAAGGCGGGGAUCAUGAGAGUGCCUGUCCCUUGUGAGCACUAUGAAAGUGUUAGCUGUUCUUUACCAGAAUAAAUGCAUUUCUGUAUCUCCCCGUAUGCAUUUUGUUAAUUGUUAGAGUAUUUCAAACACAAAGUUUGAAACAGAAAAUUGAGUAACAUUAACCGUCAACUUACCGCCCAGAAUUUACAAAUGCUGACAUUUUGCAAUAUUUGUUUCGGAUCUAUUUUUAAGGGGGGGAACCCUGCAGUUACCGCUUAAUCCUUUUCCCACCCCACCCUUUUAUUUUUACACAAGGAGCAUAGUGUUCAUACUUAUGCUAUUUUUUUCAGUAACUGAAUAUAUUUGGAGAUCUCCCUCCGUAGGUCAUAGAACUCUGCCCCCUUCUCUCUAACAGCUGCUCAGCCUUCUGUGACUAGAGGUGCUGUCACCAGCUUGCCCCAUCCCCUCCUGGUGGUCAUAAGGGUCAUCUCUCAUCCCAGGCUUUGGCGAACACUGUGCUGAGAGUCCUUGCACACGGGCAGGAGCACAGGCGACAGAAAGUUUCCACGUGGAACUAUAGAGUUCAAGAGAAAGUGUGAUUUCAAUUUUGAUGCGAUUGUACAUGACCUCUAAAAGAGGUUAUACUGGCCGGGCAUGGUGGCUCAUGCCUGUAAUCCCAACACUUUGGGAGACUGAGGUGGGUGGAUCACCUGAGGUCAGGAGUUCAAGACCAACCUGGGCAACAUGGUGAAACCCCGUUUCUACUAAAAAUACAAAAAAUUAGCUGGGCAUGGUGGGUGCGUGCCUGUAAUCUCGGCUACUCAGGAGGGCGAGGCACGAGAAUCGCUUGAACCUGGGAGGCAGAGAUUGGAGUGAGCUAAGAUAGCACCCUUCUACUCCAGCCUGGGCGACAGAGUGAGACUCCAUCUCAAAUAAAUAAAGAGAUUAUACUGAAUAAUGAGGAAUCAAAGGAAGAAGAAAGAGAGAGGAAGGAAGGUUGGAAGGAAAGAAGGAGGGAAAAUUAGAAGGGGAAACCAUGAUUGCUGGUGAGGUUUUGAGCACGUUUUCCUGCAGGCUGGUAUGGGUGAGAGGUUUGGUCUUGUUUGCAAAUCUUCUGAAGGCUAUUCCAGAGGAGCAGUUGCCACCGCCCCAUCCCCUGAGCUCUGAGCAUGGGGGUUCCCCUGGGGAGACUCCUGGUGAGAGGAUGCCGAUUUCUGCUGAUCUGUCACUGGGUACCGAGGACUGGGUGUGUUUAAGGCAGACAGCCAGUUGAGGAUCCCAGCUACUGGGGCCUGCUGUCAUCUCCUGGGAGUGCCCGGGGGUCAGGAGCCUAGGGGACUCUUGCACUUCACAUCCAACCAUGCUAAUUACACUUUUUGGCAAAGGAAACAGCUAGGAGCAAUUUCUUUCCCUCCUCCAGCCCUGUUUUCUCAGUGUUUAGACCUCAAAUUAUUACUGGGCUAGAGGGAAGGCAGCCUCUGAAGUGUGGCAGGAGGAGGGGAAGGCUGCCUGCACCUUGGUGUGUCUGUCAGAUGCCUGCACUAAUAACCUGGCUUCUGUGAGGCCUGUCAGUGCUCUCAGGAAUGAAAGGGGACCCCUGAGAGGUGCUCAGUACCAGCAGGCUGUGAACGUCCUCCACCCACCACCCUCACCUCCUCGUUAAAGAUGGUGCUACCUGCCACACAGCAGACACCUGGUCGCUGCACACCCGAAAGACCCCAAGGCAGCCUGCCCGUUGUCCAGCCACACCCCAGCACCCACCCUCCUGGCCCCUGCCUCGGCCUCCCCGACCAGCUGCACCCAGCCCCCAACACACACCCCUUCUCCAGAUGUGUGCAGGGCCUCAUUUUGCAGAGCAAAGACAGAUGUUUCAGCCACACACUUUAUUAACUUCUACAGCCUGUGCUCAGGACACUCUUCCUCAGUCAUGAAAAGUUUGAUCACUUGCCACAGUCAGGACCUUUGUGUGGGCCUCUGAUCUGAUGUUCGGUCUCAUCAUCUCCCAAACCAGCAGUCGUUUGUACCCCAUCCCUCUGCUCAGGGGCUCACACCCCCAAAUGAUUUUCCUGAUUUAUGUGUUUCCCUACAAAGGGCUUUCUAUACCUAGCAUCUGCCUCCAGCAUGAGAAGGGGGAAUAGGCGAGACCCAUUUGCCAGUAGCAGACGGGGACCCUGGGGAGGAAAUGGUAGAGCCUGUUGGAGACUCCCUGUCUCCAGCUGACCAGCCAAUGGGAUUCCUCUUCCCUCCACUGUCUCCCACGACGUAGAAGAAUCCUGGUACAUUUAGCCCAUGAGCCUGGCACAGAUCCCUAUCUAGACAUGAGGCCCUUUAGACAUGACUUUGGCAUUGACCGGCCUGUUGGCGGUGGGUCGGGGAGGCAGAGGGGAUGCUCACACCAGUAAUUCUCAUCCCCUGAAUGCUUGGGAUCACCUGGGGAGAUUUCACAAAAUACUGGUGCAGGGGUCCCACCUCUGAUGAUGCUGAGUGGUGGGUCUAGGGUGUGGCCCAGACAUCAAGAUGUUUCAGGCCCCCAGGUGACUUCUUAGGCAGCCCAGCUAAGCCCCUAGAGCCUUGCAUUUUCCCCCAAAUGACCUCAGAGGGCCCGAUUUGAGGGAAAUACCUAACUUCAGGGGCCAUAAGAAUCCCCCAGGGAGCAUGUGAAAUGCAGAUACCAGGCCCACUCCCAGAGAUGAGUUGAGGUGGGUCAGGGGUGAAGUGCAGGGAUCAGUGUUUUUCACAAGCUCCACACCUCCAGGAAAUGGUGGUGUGGUUGGGCCCAUAGAACACAGUCUGAGAGUCCUGUUGCCUGUGCCUUGGUGCACGUGGGGUGGAAUCCCAGUGGCCCUGCCUUGAGGAGGAUGUGCAUUAAUGUGGUAGGGGAGACAGAGACAGCUCCACCUGCCCCCUGCCCCACCAGGGACCUCCAAAAACUUCAUGGAUGUUAGAGCAAGCAGCCAUGCUGCAGCAGAGGAUGAGGCUGGUGGAUUUAGUAAGAGCCCUCUGUGUUUGGGCUGAGUUCUUUCUCUAGUUGCCCUGUCGUCUGGCCUCUGGAUAACCCACCUCUCCUCCCUCAUCCUAAAAUUACAGAUGGCGCAAGACAGCCACAUUUAGUGAGACUCCUAAGGUCCUCCAACUAGGGUAGGUCCACAGUGGCCCCUGGUGCAUGGACCACACACUCUUUUCCCUCCUCUGGCUCAGGACUAGGGUCUGAAAUCGGAGAUAUGAGUGGCUUUCUUGAAAAUUUCUCUUCCCAAUCUUCCCACUUUGCUUGGGGGCCCUUGUUCAAGGCCAGCUUUGGGGACUAGGGCUUGUUGCGACUACCAGCUGUCUCAUUUUGCUGUACUGCAAACUCAGGCUUGGUUCCAAGUUUAUGGGGGCCCUGUCCUGCCCCUAGUAGGGUUUGUUUUGGGGUCACAUCUGGUCAGACCCUUCAGAGAGCUCUUCCCCAGCCUCUACAUCAGGGAAAGAGGUAGGUAGGGAGGAGCAUUCGAGGCUUAGAAGGACUAAAGUACAAAACAGCGUUGGAGGAACUGCCAGGAACCAAGGGCGAGCACUGGAGAAGGCAACACAGGACCCCCUGGGCUUCUGAGCAGGAAGACCAAGACCUUCAGGGGCCCUAAGCACUGAAAACAUCAUUCCUCAUCGCCAAGCCCUGGCAUCCCCCUGUUCUUCUAAAAUAACUCUUUUCUAGAUAUUUCUGAUCGCAAAAUUCUGGGUGGGUUCAUCCAAGCUGACCGUUGCAGUUUUUUUCUUUCCCAACAAGGCCUCAUUUUUUGGAGCCACCUUAGCUGGUGCCUAGGCAGAGGGGCAGUCAGCAGUGGUUAUCAGGAUCCUGGCUCUGUGGGUUGCCUUCCUUCUGGUCUGCAAAGCCCCUGCAGGCAGGGACUUCUUAGAUAGCUGCUUCCUUAGGGCAUGGCACAUAGUGGGUGGUUAAUGAAUGGAAGAGAGAGAAUGAGCGAUCAAGGGAGGGAGGAGGGAGUGGAAUGGAGAUUUCUCAUCCUUUCCUGUUAAUUUAUGACAUCCUCCUGCCUAUGAGUCCUUGACUCUGGAGUUUUACAAAGCAGUCACAUUUCAAAUAAAAGUCUGGGAAAGCAA